GCUGAGCCCCGCAAGGAGCGGCUCGGUCGAGCGUGGGGCGGAAGCGCCCGGCAGCUCUCCCUCCCGCCCGGGCGCAGGCGACGAGAAUGAGCCAGAGAGACACCCUGGUGCAUCUCUUCGCCGGCGGAUGUGGAGGUACUGUUGGUGCAAUUCUGACAUGUCCACUGGAAGUUGUGAAAACACGAUUGCAGUCCUCCUCUGUCACUCUCUACAUCUCUGAAGUCCAUCUCAAUGCUGUGAAUGGUGCUAGCAUCAAUAGAGUAACUAGAAUUUCUCCUGGACCUCUCCAUUGUUUGAAGAUGAUCUUGCAAAAGGAAGGUCCUCGUUCUCUAUUUAGAGGGCUGGGUCCUAAUUUAGUAGGUGUUGCUCCUUCCAGAGCGAUAUAUUUUGCUGCUUACUCAAACUGCAAGGAAAAGUUGAACAGUAUUUUCAAUCCAGAUUCUACCCAGGUACACAUGAUUUCAGCUGGUGUGGCAGGUUUUACUGCGAUCACAACAACUAAUCCCAUUUGGCUAGUAAAGACACGAUUACAGCUUGAUGCAAGGAAUCGUGGAGAAAAGCGAAUGAGUGCUUUUGAAUGUGUCCGAAAAGUUUAUCGAUCGGAUGGUAUUAAAGGCUUUUACAGAGGAAUGUCGGCAUCCUAUGCAGGCAUAUCUGAGACUGUUAUUCAUUUUGUUAUUUAUGAGAGUAUUAAGAGAAAAAUACUGGAGUAUAAGACUGCUUCUGCCAUGGACAAUGAGGAUGAAUCAGCAAAAGAAGCUUCAGACUUUGUUGGCAUGAUGAUGGCUGCUGCCACUUCCAAAACUUGUGCAACAUCAAUAGCAUAUCCCCAUGAGGUUGUACGAACAAGACUAAGAGAAGAGGGAACAAAAUACAGAUCUUUCUUCCAGACACUGUCUUUGCUUGUGCGAGAAGAAGGGUAUGGAUCCCUCUACCGAGGUUUAACUACACACCUGAUCAGACAGAUUCCAAACACGGCUAUCAUGAUGUCAACCUAUGAAGUGGUAGUCUACUUGCUUGAUGGAUAGCAGUGUGACAAGGCUUCCUAGAAGAGGGUGGAAGAUGGAAAGACUGGAGUGGACCACUGAAUGUCAAUUCAAAGGAAAGUUGUAUCAGGAAAAUGCAGCUAUGGACAAAACCGAAUGUUGAUCGUGGGCAACUAUGAAUAAUUCUGCUGCCUUAUUGUGUGGUCUCUUGGCAAUGUGACAAAUGGGAACUUCCCCUUAGGGAAUGCCUUUAUACAUCUUUGAAUUCAAAAUUGUUACUUUUUUUAUCUGUUAAUCUGGACAAGGCCAUUCAGUCAUCUUCAGAGACAUGAUGGGUGAGGGAGGGGCCACAAAAUAUAUUCUUGGGCAGCCUUAUUCACUUCCCUUGGUAAUUGGUCUCAACUAUAUCCUUUUUGUUCUGUUUUACUGCACAGUAACCUGUUGGAAGAGUGGAGAAGACAGUACUUUCAUACCUUUCCAUACCUGAAACUUCAAUUCAGUUACUCUGAAGAUACAUAAAGAGACUGAGGUAGCAGUCAGUGUGUAAAAUUUUGCAUGUUGCUACCUCAAGACAAAAUAUGGUGCAGGGACCCAGAACAGCAUAAUUUCUUCACUACAAAAGGUGAUACUUGGUUUUGGGUUUUUUUUCUUUAAGUUUGAGCAGUGUUGUAGGUUAGUGAGAGAGGAUCUGAUUGUUGAACUCUUAAGGUUAUCAAUCUGUUAAUAUUGGUGUAUGUGGAUUUCUAGUUCUGCUGCAUCAUCCUUUUUCUUUUCUGGAACUUCCCUUCCUUAAGUAAGAGAGACCUAUGAAAUGUUCUCCUAUAUUAUCAGUUUUCCUUGCCAGCCUGUCAGGUCACUCACACAGCUAAGAAAGAACUUGCUGAAUGCUAUUUUGUAGCCCUUUUAAGGAUUCUUAAUGUGAUGAGAAAUCUCAACUAGUCCAGCCUACUAUUUGUGAAUACAGGAUUCAAUCAAAUGAUUUCAUGCUACCUAAGAAUGAGCUGUAUUACCCUAAAAUGACUGGCAAAUCCUGACAUGGAUUAUUAGUAUCUAUAUGGGAGUACAGGGGGAGAACACAUAUCACUGUGGCUAAGGCGACCAGAAAGCAGAAAACAGUUGACACUGUGGUAGAUCUUUUCAGUGCAAACAGCCUCUGUGCAGAAUGAUGGAGAAAAUUGUAAUUGAGAUUUUCUUGUUAGCAUUCCCCUUGAUAAUUGCUGUGUCACUUCUUACAACUUGAGCCUGUGUACUGAACUGCAGCUGACAGUAUAACCUUGUCCUCCAAAUUGUCUGAAUAUUCAGGCAUUGUUUUGUUCUAUAAGCCAAUUGCAAAACAAUGCUUUGUAUUCAGCAGUGAGGCUUAGCUAGUUUAUUCUGUCAUAAUUUACAGGGUUUUCCAAAAUCAUAUAGCUGCAGUGUCAAAAUCAGAAGCUUAAUGUUCCAAGAACUAGUACAGCUUUCCAAACAUGUAACUUUUAUCUGCACCUUGAGUACUUCUCAGUCUGUGUCCAUGAUCCUUAUGAGGAAGGUGAUCAUUAUAAAUUGGGGGCAAUGGCUUUCUGCAUAUAAAUGCUGCUGCACUGAUGUGGACAGAACUGUGCUAUCAACUCUUCCAGUGUGGUACUUCAGUACACUUAAACUGUGCAUUGUGUGCAAUGGCUUUAUUUUAUGAAUGACUCCUUAUGCACUUUGUGGCCUUCUUAUGGCCUAUAACUUUUCUUCUUACUGGUUAUCUGUAGUCAAACUGUGUACAAACCAUGCACUUUGGUUUUAAACAAAGGACGUGGUUUGAUCUCCAUGUAAGCUGUGCAGGAUAAAACAUUUUAUGCUGUAGAUCCAUAAUAUCUCUGUUGCAGAACAGUGAGUCUGGUUUUUUUUCAUUAGCUUUCCUUUAUUUUGACCCUUGUCAUGUUCUCCACACAGUGUCAAAGUAUUUGAAUAUUUCAUUUAAUUCUCUGUACUAAUUGCUCAUCUUUCUAAAAGCCGCCUAUAGCAUGUACAGUGACCUUGCAGUGGAGGCUUAGCUGCAUUGACUUCCUUCUUGGAAAACGUUAUCUUACCUUUUAAGGACAGAUAGCAUGGUCUGUGAUGUGACCAAAGGUGAACUUGAUAGUUUAGAAGUGAGGGGAGUGCUUAAAUGUGUGUUCUGAAGUGGUCUUUUUCUGGUGAUCUCUCUAGGAAAGGUCUGGAGUAGUCAUGACUCUGACCUAAGUCUUGCUGUGAUACCAUUGUUGAGAUAAGUAAGUGCAGGAAUAGCUACUGGCUGUAAUUUUUGUUGUGUAGAAAGUGGAUUACUCUUCAGGCUAUGCAGAUUAUUCAGGCAUAGCCAAAAUUUAAAUUGGCAAAGACAAUAUUCAGCUUUGGAGUUCAUGCAUACAGUUAACACUUGGAUUAGUGUAGGCUUCAUGAGAGUUACCUUCCUCUUGUGUUUAUUGGAUAUGUUCUCUCUUGGUUACAUGUUCAUCUCCCAUUAAUUCACUGGGUACCGUGUGGUGUGCCUUGUCUGGGUGAGAACAGCCCCCCUGGAGUUAAGUAGAAAAAUGUUAACAAGGAUAAUUGAAUAUGGGAGAUAACAGCUAAAAAUAGACAAUCAGCUUAUUCAACCUUUUUAAGGGGUGUUUUAAGCAAUGUUUUAACCUUCAGGGGUGAUCUUUUGGGCUUGCUUUACAUAACAAAACAUAAACCUGAAGUUUCUUGGGAUUUUUGUUAUUUUUAAACUACCAGUACAUACAAAGUUACCUCUGAAGUAUUUCCCAAAGAUCUUUGAAUUAUUUAUAUAGUUUUCUUGAUAUUUAUUAUAAAAACUCAAAAGGAGUAAGAAGAUGCUACAUUCAUUAAUGUCUUUAACUACAGAACUGAAAGGAGUGCAUUUAAACUUUCUUGUAACUUAGAUGGGCAUCUUGAUUUGAAUGUAGUUUAUUUAUGUCACGCUUUUCCGUGCUAGAGGAAAAGGUCUUGGACUUUAAUUAGUUUCCUCAUAUUUCCCUUGCCUAGAUGAAACUUAAAUAUUAUUGCAAGCUGUUAAUUUUGACUCGGCAACCAGUUAACAGAUUUGGGAAAUACUGUGAGACUGCAGUUUCCUGAACCAGUCAAAAGAUGGCACUGGAGCAUGCGUUCAUUAGAGGUAGAAGGAGCUCCUCUGCCAGGACCUGCCUGGCUCGGUGUGUUACAACUGGUUGUCACUGAGUGUCUGUGGCGUAUUGGGGGGACAUGGCAAGGUGGCCCGAGUUUGGAAGGCCAUAAAAAAAAUUAAUUUCAGUGAAUGCAGUCACAUUUCUCAGCCCCUCUAUUAUCCAUUCGGUCCCUGUAAAGCUGUGUGAAAACAGGUGAGUUGUGGUAUGUUGCAGAGGGCUGAGCCCAGCCUUUAAACUGACUGAUAGAUCUGCUGUUUCUGUCUGAAUUUCUGAUCUGCUAGCCUAUGUUGUUUUAAGUAGAUUUACGCUAGGGAUUUAUGGAGUUUUUUGGUUAUGUUAAUUGUAACUGAAACAUCAACCUGUCCACUUGUAUAUUGACAUUGCACCUGCCUAGUUUGCUGUUUACAUAAUACACUCCAUAUAUUUCCUUUCUGAUUGAGAUGUUUGUCAGUGACAGUUUCUGCUAUUCUGUUUUUGUUCUUAAAGUGGCAUUUGUAACAUUCCUCAGACUGUAGCAUUUUAAAAUAAUGCUUCCAGAGACAAACGAUUGGAGAGCCUUUAUAAAUGUUGCUUCCUGUUUAAACUGUUUAAAUUUGGAAAACAGGCUGGACACUGAAGAGUGCCUAGGUAAAUGUACUACUUUUUUCAACUUUCUGUUAAGACUCAGUUAUGUAAGUUUUCAGUUCUUCUAUUUAAGAGAGUCUGCCUACCGUGCAUAUGUGAACAUAAUUAUGCCCUUGGAGUCAUAGCUAAACACUCACAAAGGACAGUUUGAGAAUACUUCAGUGCUCAUGUGAGGUUUGCUAUUAUUCUUGCAUACAUGUAGUUGGCUGUAAACUAUGUGCAUUUAUUCUGUAUUUAUAUCGUUAACUUUUUUGUUUGGAUUGCUUUAAACUUCAAAGCGAAUUAAAAUUAUGUGCUUCUAUUCAAAUGUUGCCUUUUGUGCUAAACUGUACACUAUUUUUAACCUUUUAAUUUUUCUAUUCUUGAUAAAUAGCAGCACCUGAACAGUUGUGAUUAAAAAUGAGC